AUGGCAAGAGAAACACCCCACUACAACAAACAGAGUUCACAGCUCCCAGAACACAACAAAUGGGAAAAUAGCCUCUGUUUUCUAGAAUACCCCAGAAUGCCAUUAGGGUUGGCAUCCGAGUCAGAGGGAGAAAAACUAUUGUCGGGGAGGAGUCCAGAAAAGGCAUUGGGUCAAGGCCACACACAGGCCAUGAUCUACACAUCUGCAUCCAUCUCACCCGCUGACCCAAAAUCUGGAAUUCCGGGUUGA